AUGGCAGGGGAAAAGCAGCUGUACUACGACUGCGUCGAGCGUACGCUGUUGGUAGCACUGUGCUUGCAGUCCUUCGCUUCCGACGUGGCGGAGGGGUGCGCCGUGCCCGAGGUGGAGUUGAUGUCACCCUACACGGCCACAGAUGCCUCGCCGUUUCCCUUCCUCGUUCACCCUGCCACCGCUGAUGCUUCGUUGCAGAGCAACAAACUGCAGCUGCAGUGGAGCAGCGGGGAUGAGUGUCUUGUUGAGGGAUCAUUCAACAGCACCCGCGUGUCCUUCUGGUUUGCAGCGGCUCACCAGCCCGAUGACGUCCUCUCGACGCAGCUGCUGAGCGAAUAUUUGGCGUUCUUCUGCUCUCAUGGCGCGGCAACCGGUACGCUGCCCGUUCUUCGCUGUGCCCCUGUGCGGCAAGCCUUGAUGGCCAAACCCGCAGCGGAUGCGGCAGACCAAGUCAUCUACGACGUGUCGUUCUUAGUGCUGGCCGCGCACGUGCGCCAGUACGGCCGGCACAGCCUGGCGCGAUUUAUCAUGACGUUCGUCAAGGAGGCCGAAGCCACCGUUGAGAUGUUGAAGGCAUCGCUGAACUCCAGUGGGCGCGCAGCUGCGCAGUCGUUUUUCUCGCUUCCUGUGCAGGCGAACGACGACGAGGAUGGGGAGGCGGGAGGGCAAUGA